AAUAUUAUUGGAAGUAAAUUAAAAAGAAACACACAUCUCAUAUUAUUAAAGAUUUCAAGACCUAAUUUGAGUGGAAAAAGUUGCUGUGUUUUGUUUAAUAAUUCAUUGCAUAAUUAUUGGCUGAAAUGUACCACUGUACUGUCUAUCGGUAUUUUCUGAAGUUGUGGCCAAAAAACGAUGAACAAUGAAAAUGUUGUCCAAUCUAAGCGAAGCAGAGGUCGUCCAAAAAAGAACAUCAGCUAUGCAAAUAUGGCAAAAAUUCCGGCUUUUAGUCGGCCAACCAAUGUUACUGCAAAAAGAAAAACUGUAGAAUCUACCUCUGAUGAUAUAGAAAUAUUAGAGCCUAAUGGAUUGGAAAGUGCCCAAAUUAAAAAGCCGAAAUCGGAUGACUUUUCCAAUAAUUUACAGCCUAAACGUAUUCAACCUCAACGUGCAGCCAGGUUCACAGAAUCUUAUGGUGGUACAACAUCCCCAGAUGUCGUUGUUAUAUCAGAUGAUGAACAGAGAGAAGGCAGUGAAUCUGAAAGUGAUUCAGAUUGCAGCCCAAUUCCUUCACCAGUAACAAAAAUGAAGUCCAAAGAAGAACUUGAAGAGUGGGAACUGACAAUUCAGAGGCUUAAAAAGCAGCUGUGUGAUGAAGAAAUGAAACUUGUUCUCCUUAGGAAGUUAAAAGAAAGCCAAAAAACCAAAGAAUCUAAGCCAGAAGUGAAUGGUAGUUCAUCACCAUCAAUUAUUGGACAUCUACCACAUAAGAACCUUUCUGUAUCUCAAAAGUCUGGCCUUCAAAUUCAGCCACUGCCAAGCAAACAUCUUGUGUCAAAUAACAAAUACUUGAGCAAAAAAGACAUUAAGCUAGAGCCCCAUCCUUCAUCUCAUUCUUCUCAGUAUAUGAAUGGUCCUCAGAAGUCAGCUACAUCUUUAGGAUCAAAUCAACAGGUAGUAAAGGCAGAAACCAGUAGCACGUCAGCACCAGUUCCAUCAAAUUCUUUACAAAACCUCAGCUCAAAUCCUUUACACCAGUAUCCUCUUUUGAAAAAUUUGUCAAAUCAGAUCACAGUAACACCUGUUCCUCCACCACCACAGCCAUCUAAUACUUCUAGUAGGCAAGAAGAAAAAGUUGAUCCAGAAACAAUACAUCAGCGUCAAGCUGCUGCUAAAUUAGCAUUAAGAAAGCAACUUGAAAAGACCCUUUUACAAAUCCCAUUACCAAAGCCUCCACCUCUAAAGAUAAAUUUUUUCCCUAAUGCCAAUAGUAUUGAAUUCCUGUGUCUGUUAGGCUUAGAUUUUGUGGUUGAUUUUUUGACAAAAUCGAAAACAAAUCCUGUUCAGAAAGAACCUCUUGUUUGUGCUCAAUGCUCUACUGAUUUUACUUGUGCUUGGAAAUGGAAAGAAGUUGAUAAAAAUGGUAAAAAGGCAUAUGAUGUGUUCUGCGAGGCCUGUAUUAAUUCCAAUAUUCGUAAAGCCUUGAAAGCUCAACAUACAAAUAAUCUAAAAUCAGCUUUCUUAAAAGCUCUCCAGCAAGAAAAAGAAAUUGAUCGACUGUCUCAAACAAUGACAAAAUCACAUUCCUCACCCAAAGAACCUCGUCCAAGUUCCCGCCUUCCAAUUCCAUCACCUGCUCAUCAAGCACACAAUUCAUCAGCAUUUUCAGUUCCAAAAGUUGGAUCCUCAAUGCAGUACAUUCCCAAGUCAACACCGGGUAUGAACCAUGCCGCAUUAGCACAAGUCAAACUGAAUCCUCAGUUUCAGUCAUUACUUCAAGUUCAAGCCCAACAUUUGCUAGCUACAGGUGUGCCUUUGCAUCCAAACGUACUAUCUUUAUCAUCAUUUGUACCACCAAGUUCACAUCAAAAUCGAGGAAAAUCAUCUACGGGUCAAAAUGAUGUUCGCAGGCAAUAUCGGCCAGAUAGAGUCCAGUCACCUUCCAUACCUCAAGCCCCAUCUACUUGGAAAGCUUGAAUUGCACCACACAAAUUAUUGUGGUUGAAACAAAUGUACAAAUAUACUGCAUAUGUAUCAUUAAAUGUUUUUGUAAAAAGAACUUUCAUUUAAUUUAUGUCUUGGUCAUUCCUUAUCAAUACCUUACUAGUGCCUGUGUUCAUUAACUUUUAUGCCUUAGUAUCUACCAAGGUCAGUAGACCAACAAGGUUAGGCCCUUUCCAUCUCUCGAGUUCAAUGCCAUCAGUUGAUGUACAGAAGUGGGAGAAUCAAAGGGAGAAGGGAAUUGUAGCUUUUGAGCACACUGUGUUGCUGAAGAGAAAACCUUGUAGUAUAGUAACCUUGGUAUCUACUAGAAAUUUGCACUGAUAAUUAAUCUCUAUGUUAAGUAUCCUAUAUUUUGUUAAAAGUUAUUUACUGUAGGAUUCUGAAUGCUGGUUAAGUUGCAUAAUGGUCAAAAAUUUAUUAUAUGUUAAAAUCAAUUUAAAAAAAAAUUAUUUUGAAGUAUAGGAUACGCAUAGUUUAUGAUCCAGUUAUGAAUGUUAAAGAGAUUUCAUUUAUUUGUAAUAUUCAUGUAUGGUUUUCUUGAUUUAAAAGAAAGAAGUAAUUGAAAGAAUGUCUGUUAUUGUACCAAAUUUCAGUAUCUGAGAUAAAAAUUGUCAAAAUGAAACUUGGUCUCAUAGCAGUUAUUUACACACUAAAUUUUGCUGUCUACUAUGAAAACUAAACAUAGCUUUACAUUCUUUCUAACAGAGAAGGAAUAUGCAUAAAAAACAUUCUUAUUAUCAACAAACCAUGAAAAGUCCUGCUUUGUUUUAAAUAAAUGUGCUCCCUAUCAUAUAUAAGAUUCCUGCCAAUAAAUUAUUCAUAAAAAUGCUCCCUAUUUUCAUCAUGAAAAAAACCUUUUUUUUACAUACUUAUUAUUUAUCUUUAUUAUUUAUUUAUUUAUCUUUGAAAAAAAUAAUAAUGUUCUCACUGUAUACCUUCACAAGUUUAUUUAAUCUUUAUUACUUUCAGGUUUUGUCAUGUAAAAUAUUUUGGUAAUUUAGCUUUCUCGUAAGGGCAGUACAUACUGCUUUUCAUGUAUAGAAUAUAACACUGAAAAUAUCAUGGAGAAAAAGCCAAGAUAUAGUCAUGCAAAACAUUGCAGCAGAAAAGAAGGCAUAAAAAAAAACAUUGCUAUUCUAAAAUAUUGUGGUAGAAACUAAGCAAUAAAAAAACUUGUAGUUUUAAAACAUCAUGAUAAAAAAUAUGUACCUUGAAAUCAUAACAUGAUGAUAACAUUACAGACAUGCAUUUUCAGGCCUUUGAAAGUUUCAAAUGCUGCUCUUAACAAUGCUUUGAAACUGUUUUGUAAUCUCUUUUAUUUUUCAACAAUGAUGUUUUAGAAUUGCAAUAUUUUCUUUGUGCCUUUUCUAUCACAAUGUUGUUUACAAGGAUUUCUUCCUCUUAAUAUUCUUCAUGAUAUUUUUACUGUGGUGUUAUCACUUGUGAUCCAGAAGCUAUCAUUGGUAAAUUACUGCAUCUAAUGUAGCAAUAAUUUCAUAGGAAAUUUAUAUCUUAUUUUAAAUAAGCAUUUUGAAAAUUUGAAUUUGAGUGAAAAUGAAAAUAUGCACAUCUUUUAAUGCUAAAAUUUGAGGCAGUCUGCAUAUCUUAGUACAUGGAAGCAGCCUUAUUAAUAUCACAAUACCUCCUUCUUCUAGACGUACGUUUGCUGAAUCAGUUUUUUGUACUUAGAAAUAUGCCCAUUUAGAGAUUAAAAAUUACACUACUAGAAAUACUUUUUUUUUUUUUUUUUUUUUUUUUUUUUUUUUUUUUUGUAUUUUUGAAUACUUUCAUCAAGAAGAUCAUCUUUAAAAAAUACAAUUUUUUUUAUGUAUUUCUUAGAAUGUAAAUAAAUUUUAAGUAGUUUUUGUUUUAUUUAUAAGCGCAUUGAAGCAAAUAUAUAUUAAUUAAUGAUGUGUCAGAACUGAUCUCUAAACAAGAUGUGAUAGUGAAUUCAUUAGAAUUAUUUUUAUAUUCUUUAUUUAUUGCUAAAUUUUUGCCAAAACAUGUAGGUUGGUUUGUUUAUUAUAUUAAAAAAUAGAGUUAGGGGAAAAAAUAAUUACUUCAUUUAUAUAAAAUUGUCACCCGACUAAAUAUGCAUGCUGAUAUUCAGAGCCUGCGUUUUUGUUCAUUCUUCAAGAUGUUUACUUAAUGAAUCAGGACUAUCAUGUUGCAGAUGGUGACAUUUCAGAUAUAUGCAACAUAAUAGUCUUAAUUCAUGUAUUUAAAAAUACUGAAAAAUGUUUCAGUUUUUUUCGGAGCUAUUGUUUCCUACAUUUAUGAAUAUUAUCUUUUGACUCAUAUUAUUUUGGAUACAUAAAAUUAAAAAUUAUUCUUAGUAUUAUUCUUUAAAGAAUAUUGCUUAUGAACCUUUGAAAAUGGAUAUUCAUGUAUCUACAUAGUAUUUUUGGUUGCAGUUUCAUUAACUCUUCAGUUGAUUGGCAUACUUUUCUAUAGUUAAGCAAAUGGUGAAAAAUAAUCAUGCUACCUGAAGUGCUAAAAUAAAUCUCAUUAUCAAAGAGAGAAAUAAUAAUAAUUACCUGUAUGUAAUAAAUAUGAAAAAAUUAUGUUUAAUUUUAGAUAGCAAAGUUUUUAUACUUAUUGUUUAAUAAGACUAAUUACUAGCUUACAUGAUAUUUUUUACAUUAAAGAUGUAAUAGAGAGUUGAUAUUUUUUGUGUUAUUUUUAACUGUAAAUAUUGAAAGAAUGUAUCUAUUUAUUACAUGCUAUAAAAGCUUUAAUUAAAACAUGGAAAAUUGUGUUAAUUUAUAAAUGAAACUAUGCACAAAUUUUUAAUUGCAUUAUAUGUUGGAAACUGUGCACAGUUCUUAACUUAUUAUGUUAUUUUAGAUAAUCACAUAAUAAAGCUGUAUUUACCAGCUGUUUUGUAUGUGAGAUGAAAAGGUUCCACUUUUAAUGAUAUAACAGCUUCUUUCUUGUAGAGUAAUAUAUGAUAAAUAAAUAAAUGUUUGUCAACUUGUAUAGUAUUUUUUACUGUGCAGAGUUUUUGUAGAAUUUUUUUUUAACAGGAUGUAUAACAUAUUCUUUAAAACAAAACUUCUGUAACAGAUUUUGAAACGGAAUGACCACAGACUUAUUUGUUUUAUAGUGAAUACUGAUGUUUUACAGUGCUGAUAAUGUAGUUAUGAUCACUUUAUGAGAUCUUGACUUUGUUGAAUUGUAUAUAAAUUAGAGGAGUGAAGCAAAUAUAUAUUAGCAUUUGAAAAUAAAUUUAUAAAUUUCUA